UGACCUACUUGGAAGGAAGGCAAGUGCUCGGGUUCGGGCCAGUGCCAGCGAAACUGAUACCUCAGGUGAUGUGUGAGUAAGUAAUAGGUUCUAAAUACCCAAUUUCAACCUCUCGGGACUCUUGUCUCUGCUUCCAGAACCUUGAGAUCAUUAUUGUCCGCCUUUUCACAACACUCUCUCUUCCCUCGGUACAACGUCCUCUGAGCAGCAGCAUCCCUAUUUCGGUAAAAAAAAAAAAUUCAACCCGCUAAUUAUGCCAUUCAAAUGCCGGUACCGGCAUCGCACUUCAGUUAUUCGCCGAAAUAAAUGGUUCGUUUGUAGAUUCCGGAAAGACGUUCGCGAAGCCGCACGCGUGCACCAUCGUCGCGAGCAGAGCGCCUCAUGGCCUUCUCUCGUUUUGCUGGAGGACCCGGGCAGGAGGAUGUACCCCGAGGAUACCAGAGUCGGCAGCGUCAGCGAGAUCCAGCUCCCGUCCGUUCCUCCAGGGGACGAGAAUGUUAGAGCGGAUCUCGGGCCGGCGGGCGCUUCACGAGCAUCCCGCGCCACAAACCACCUGACCCAUCACCACAGAGCCAGCCCUCCGCAAGCGAAUUUCGGGCCCCCGGCCCUGCUGGAGCUCUCGGACUCGGCGAGGGAGUCACUCGCCAAGCAUGGCGACUUUGGCCCGGAGGCGGACCAGCUGUCCUUCUUUCUGGAGCUUGCGCUGGUAGAAGAAGUAAAGGGGACACCGAGCCUCGAUUUUGAGACCGUCAGGAUCUCCCGCCUGGACAAGUUGGUCGCCGACCUGACGGUGUGCGGGGAGGGGCCCUUCAACCUCGCCCCGCGGUUUGUUCACGAUGUGGUGGCGGCCGGGAAGCUGGAGCGGAAAUGGCGGGCACGGUUCAGAGUGGACUAUCUCAUGAUCGACGAGAUACGCCUUAGAGAGCUGGCAACACGGUGGCGAACCCCGGCCGAACCGUCCCGCAACGAGAGCAGCUCGCCACACCUGUGGCCAACGACAGCAGCCGUGGCGCGGCCUAUCGUCCAGCCCGGUAGGGAGGUAACAUUCGGACCCGGGUCGUACGUUACCUCGAUACGGCAGUGCCCAUGCGUUCCGUCACCCGUCAGCUAAUGUUUGGUAGAUAGUGGAUUAACCUGGCCUGCGCCCGCUUGGACGGCGUUAUCGGAGCUGAUGGCGAGACGACAACCCGGGGCGACGAGAACAUCUCUCCUACCCUGCCCCUCUUGGCUGGGAAGGAGAUCAGCGCUGGCCACGGCAGGGUACGGUACAUCCGCGAGGGGGCGCUUGCUGAUGGCGUGCAUGUCAACAUU